AUGGCAGCUCCGCUCCUAAAGCGGAAACGCUCGGUGUCCAAUAAUUCUACCUCGUCUGUCCCCCUCCCAACUUUGUGCAGCCCAAACACACCUAUUACCAUACCCGACAUUGAAUCUUCGCGAGACGUGUCUAUUGUGGAAAACAUGGCAGAAGUAGGGCCAGUCGAUAUUCUUACCAAUGAUGGUGCCAGGGACGAAGAGAAUGUGCAAGAUGACUCCGACUUGGAAGAUGGAGAUCAAGUUAUGUCUCGUGGUUACCCACGGAACCCUGACAAUCUUGUGAAGCAUGGCUUUCGGCCAGUUUGGACCCUGUCAAGAGGAUACCUAAGCAGCGACUUUCCAGCAGACAUGGAAGAGGUGCUGAACGACAUUGACACCAGCAAAAAGCAAGCGAAAUAUGUAGGGCCUCUCCGGAGUCUAGCCUGGUUAGCUGGACUAGAUGAACUUAUCGAGGCAAUCGACAGCCCCGCCUACAUCAUCGAAGAUUGCAUCGAAAUCGUCCCACUUGAUCCCAUCACGAAUUGCGGACAAACGCUUAUCCUCUGGGAUGAAUCCCCAAAAGGGGUAACAGAGAUGCCUACCCUGUUUACUCUACGAGAUAUUACCGGGACAAGUCGACUACAAAGACCCUCUGGCAAGAUUCUUUGCAUGAAAAUUAGGUCCCAAAAAGGGGUCGAUUCGCUUGCGGCAAAAAUCAAGCGACAAGUUGAAGACCUCUUCGAAUCAGGAGAAUUUUGGUUCCGUGGAUUGAGUGUGCCAGCGUUGAAGUCAACUCUGGCGUUUUUCGUACCAGAAACAAACGGAAGCAAUCGGGAUAAUGAGUUUGGGCCUGGCUUUUACACAACUAAUAGCUUGGAGCACAGCUUGCUCUACCUUCGCGGGGGAGUUGGGGCUAUCAUGGUUUUCAAACAACCCAAUUUAUUCCACUCUACCGUUUGGCAACCCAGUCUUAGCGACUGGACCGCUUGGAUAGCCAGAUGGACUUCGCGUCCACUUGCCAUUGCUAGUGACCCAGUUCCCAAACAGUACGAUACUGCCGACUUUAUCCGGGGACCAAUCAGUGCAGACAGGGGUUCAAGGGCAGGCAACGCUCCUACUCAGUCGGAAGGUACCCAGCUUGUCGCUGUUAGCUUCAAAGGCUGUCAAGGCUUGUCCGACUCACUUUUUAUGAUUAUCUUUGUUGAUCCAAAGUGA